AUGGACUGCGUGCUACAGAAGGAUUACAGGGGCAAGGGUGGGCCAUCUAAUGAACCUGAGGUUGGGACGAGUACAGGGGCAUCAAAGGAUAAUCAAGGUGGAGGAGGGAGGCAAGGUUCCAUUGGAGGGAUAGCAAGUUCUAUUCAUGGCAAGACUCAAAGUACAAAAGCAGAUUCAGGUUCAUUAAAAGUGGGGGAGACACAGGUGAUGGAAACCAAGGGGAAAGAAAUAGUUUUAGUUCAAACUGAGCAUCAAAGCCACCCUAUGGAGAUUAUGUCCACUGGGGCUAUUGUUCCAUUAGAAGAGCCACAAGAACAAGGAGGUCAGAGCACAAUCCAAAUGAUCACUGGGGGGAAGCAGGAUGAAAGUGUUGCAGAACCUGCAAAGAAAACUUGGAAGAGGACAAUGAAGAAAGAGGGAAGAUUAACCAGAGAUGAAGAUUCAUCCUCUUCAAUCUGGGAGUAUCUGCACCAGAAAAGAAUUAAAUGGGAGCCUGUGGUUAUGUUGGUGGGGGAUUGGAAUGAUUUGUGUACACCAGAAGAUAAGAGAGGGGGUAUUAACAAGCCUAGUAUUAUUGAGGGUUUACUGAAUUCAUUGCUAAUAUGGGGGUCCAUGAGUUACCUAUGCAAGGGCUGCAGUAUACAUGGGCUAACAAAAGUGAAGAGGGGGGGAUUUGUGGAGGAAGUUUUGGAUAGAGACACUCAUAUUCAUAGCUGGUUUAGGAGCUCACUCGUGCAUAGCACAAGUGUCUAA